AUGACCGAUCAACAACAACCCCAAACUUUACUUUUUACUUGUUUAGCUUGUCAAGUUGGUUUUUCUUCUGCUGAGCUUCAACGAAAUCAUUAUGUUUCAGAUUGGCAUCGAUACAAUUUAAAAAGGAAGGUUGUCGAUUUAUCACCUGUAACCUUGGAAGUAUUUACUCAAAAAGUCUUGGCUCAACAACGAAAAAAUCAAAUUGCAAUUGAAAAAGAAAAUUUUUCUGUUGAAUGUGGCGUUUGCAAUAAAAUUUAUUAUUCAAAUAAUGCAUAUGUAAACCAUUUAAAGUCAAAUAAACAUAAAGUUGCAGAAACUAGAUCCACUACCACUACUAGUAUUAGUGACACAAAAACUAAAGAUUCCUUAUUAAAAAAUACCAGUGACAUCAAUGUAGAUGAUGAUAAUAAUGAUUCACAAAAAAUGCUGAAAAAAGAACAAGAAAUUAAAGUGUUAACAAUGGAAGAUGAGACAAGCACUUUAUUGUUGGUGGAUAAAAAGAUAGAAACUUCUAUUCGUUUAGGAGAGAUGGAUUGUUUGUUCUGUACACAUAAAUCCGAUACUUUUGAUGACAAUAUCACUCAUAUGACUAAAGCUCAUAGUUUCUUUAUACCUGAAGUUGAAUAUUUAGUUGAUAUACGAGGAUUAAUUAAAUAUUUAGGAGAAAAGAUUUCGGUUGGUAAUGUAUGCCUUUACUGUAAUGGACGUGGAAAGGGUUUUCAAAGUCUUGAAGCCGUUAGAAAACACAUGAUUGAUAAAGGCCAUACUAUGAUAAUUUAUGAUCAAGAAGAUGAUAUUAUGGAAAUAUCUGAUUAUUAUGAUUUUAGAUCUAGCUAUUCUGAUCUGGAUAUUGAUGAUGAUAACGAUGUGAAUGAUGAGGAUGAAUUACCAAAAAGUAUGGGUUACUCACAACAAUCUGGAGGUGUGUUAAUCACACAUGAUGGUGAAAAAAAUUUUAAAAUUCUUCAACGAAAUAAAUAUCAAGAUAAAAGACGUCAACAGAAUUUUGAUACACGCAUUGGAGUCAAAGCAAAUAAAUUACAACGGUAUUAUAGACCACAAAUUAUGUAA